AUGGAAUCGGCAUUUGCGAAUCAACAAACUGCAUUCCACUUGAUAGGGCGAUCUCUCGCUAAUUUCAAAAAAUUCGGUCGUUCAAACUGGACGCCCGCAAAAAUUCGCUCAAGAUUAGCGAGUUUGCAAGAAACGUGGAAUCAGUGCGUGCGCAAUCACGCGAUUCUUAUUCAACUUGUUCCCGAAGAAGACCGAGAUGAAUUAGACUACUUCAAAGAUGAUCAAUUUGCCGCUCAUGAAGAUAUUUAUCAGACAGCCAAGGACUUCAUGAACGAGUGCCUCGAGGAAGUAGCUCCGGUCGUAAGUCACGAUUCGUCAACCGACACUACAUUUUCUCGAAGCGAACCCGCGUCUUUUUCGUUAAAGCAUCUUCCACCAAUUAAACUACCUCCGUUUUCCGGAAAAUCCGACGAGUGGGAAACGUUUCGAGAUCGAUUUCAAGCGCUAAUUAUCGAUAAUCGAGACCUUUCAGAAUUUAGUAAAAUGCAUUUUUUAGUAUCGAGUCUCACCGGCAGUGCUCGCGACGCGAUAGCCGGCAUUAAAGUUAUUGCAGAUAACUUUCAAGUAGCAUGGAAAGCAUUAACAGUCAGAUUUGAGAAUAAACGCAGACUAAUUGAGACUCAUUUAUCUACUUUAUAUCAUCUUCCUAAAAUGACGCGCGAGUCAGCUGUCGAGCUCCACGCAUUGCGCGACAAAACCGAGCAAGUAAUUUCUACGUUAAACCGUCUCGAUCGGUCUUCGGACGAUAUAGUUAGUGAUUUGCUAGUUUACUUUAUAUCACAAAAGUUCGAUUCUGCGACGCGUAGAGCGUGGAAACUCAAAACGAGCGAUAGCGAUGAUCCCCCAACUUAUAAAGAAUUAACACGUUUUCUAUCAUCGCGCGCUCUCGCUCUUGAAGAGCUUCAUUCUUAUGAAAGCGAUAAAUCGAAGUUACAUUCGAAAGUGACGAGCGCAACAGCCACUGCGUCAUUUGAAUUGUCAUGUUCGAUGUGCAAGCAACAGCAUAUUUUCUCUAAAUGUCCACAGUUUGUUUCAAAGAGUCCUCAUCAGCGACGCGAGUUAGUGAAAAAAUUCCGACGUUGCUUCAAUUGUCUGAGCAAAAAUCACUCGGUAAAUGAUUGUCAAAGCAAAUUUACGUGUCGUUUUUGUAGUAAAAAACAUCAUACGAUGAUUCAUCUGGAAUCGGACUCCUUGCGACAAACCAAUUCUAACGUAUCAAAUGCGCAUAACGAGAACGAAAAUGCGGCGAGCGUGGCAGCGCUUUCAUCCAUUACAUUGACUACCGCUCCGACUCCGGUAGUCUUAUCAACUGCCAAGGUAAACUUGCGUGCGCCUUCAGGCCGUUCGUUGACCGUCAGAGCCCUGCUUGACGGUGGAUCGGAGCUCACUUUUAUUUCAGAGCGAGUUGCACAAAAUUUACGUCUAACGCGUAUACGAACGUUUACGUCCACAACGGGAAUCAGCUGCGUAAACACCGGAAUUUGUCGCUCCGCAGCAUUAAUUUACAUUACGCCUCGUGAUAAACCCGAACCAAUUUUUACUACCGUCGCCUACAUUAUGAAAUCAUUGACAAGAUAUGCUCCCAGAAGCGUUUCGAAUUUGCAUGAGUGGAAACACAUUUCGAAUCUCAAAUUAGCCGAUGAUGAUCCUACCGGAUCAACGCAGAUAGACCUCAUAAUCGGAGCUGACUUAUACAAUCAAGUACUCAUUAAUGUGCAGAAUGGACCAGUCGGGCAACCAGGCGCCAUACAAUCACAUUUUGGGUGGAUCUUGUCAGGAACCACAUCUGUUCCAAGUCAUAUCGAACAGAACACUUGCGUAGUUGGUUCAACCUUUAUUUCAUCGCUCGCGUCAAACAAAAAUCAAGGUUCACGAGUUUCUAGAUCAAAUCAAAGAUAUCAAGUGGUCGCUCAUCAUUGUUCGUUAGAAUAUCAAUUACGUAAAUUUUGGGAGAGCGAAGAAACGCCUCAAUUUAGACAACUCCCUCCCGAGGAUAAGAGCUGUGAAGAGCACUUCCAGCGAACUCACUCGAGAACAGCAGAUGGAAAAUAUAUUGUGCGUCUUCCUUUUCGCGAAAACCUUCCAAUUAAAAUAGGCGAAUCCCGAGAAAUAGCGGCGCGUCGACUUUCUUCACUGAUUCACAAACUUAAAAGUCAACCCUCUAUUACUUCAGAGUAUUGCGAAUUCAUGCGCGACUACGAAGAUCUAGGGCAUAUGCAACCCGUUCCUCCCGUAGAAACUCAUCACUCACAAGUCGUGUACAUCCCGCAUCAUCCAGUUAUCCGAGAGGCAAGCUCCACUACUCGUUUAAGGGUUGUCUUCGACGCGUCUUGCAAGACGACCAACGGAACUUCUCUCAACGACCACAUGCUUAAAGGCCCUAAGUUGCAAACGGAUUUACAGGCCGUUAUAUUGCGUUGGCGACAAUAUAAAUUCGUCUAUUCCGCGGAUCUAGCCAAAAUGUACAGGCAAAUUCUCGUCGAUCCGAGAGACCGAGACUAUCAGCGCAUAUUGUGGAUCGACAGUAACUCAAACAUUCAAGAAUAUCAAUUACUUACAGUCACUUACGGUACCGCUUCAGCUCCAUUCCUUGCGCUCCGAGUAAUUAAUCAAUUGAAUGAAGACGAAGGUCCUUCUUUUCCGUUGGCUUCCGCCAUUUUGCGCGAUAACAUCUACGUUGACGACGUACUAUUCGGAGCAAAUGACAUUUCGCAGCUAAGACAAAUUCGUAAUCAACUUCGCGAAUUAUUAAACCGCGGCGGUUUCACCCUUCGAAAGUGGGCAAGUAACCAAUCGGAGUUGUUAACAGAUAUCCUAUCUGCUGAUCACGGUCUAGCUUGCUCGAAGACUCUCGAAUCCGACGAUAACUUGAAGGUACUCGGCAUCUCUUGGAAUCCCUCGCAUGACAGUUUUCAAUUCCAAGUCAACCUUCCUAAUACCUUUCCUAUCACAAAGCGAACGAUACUUUCAACAAUAGCUAAGUUAUUUGAUCCUCUCGGAUGGGUUACACCCGUCGUUCUUAAGGCAAAGUUAGUUAUGCAACAUUUGUGGCGACAAAAGAUAGGUUGGGAUGACCCCAUUCCUAAAGAAAUUCGGUCACAUUGGAAAUUAAUUUACGAUUCUCUUUCUCACAUCACAGAUAUCAAAUUGGGUAGAUGGAUAAACCGUGAUUCAGACACAGCGAGUGUAGAAUUACAUGGAUUUGCUGAUGCAUCAACCGUAGCUUUCGCCGCAGUAGUCUUUCUAAGAAUAACCUCGCGUUCAGGACAAAUCAAAGUCUCACUUCUUGCCGGACGAUCUAAAGUCGCUCCCAUUAAACUAAUGAGCGUCCCUCGUCUUGAACUCUCAGCGGCAGUCAUAUUAGUUCGUUUGAUUAAUUUCAUAAAAGAAUCUCUUCAUUUAACGAACGUUCCGAUUCAUUGUUGGACAGAUUCCACCGUAGUUCUUGCUUGGUUGAACAAACACCCUUCAACCUGGAAAACUUUCAUUUCUCAUCGGGUGUCAGAAAUCCAAACACAAUUACCCGACGGUGCAUGGCAUCACGUAAGCACAACCGAUAAUCCCGCCGAUUGCGCUUCGCGCGGAUUACUCGGUUCCGAAUUACAUUCCCUUCGACUUUGGUGGCAUGGGCCCUCCUGGUUAAGUCUCCCCGCAAACGACUGGCCUAAGUCUAUCAAAGUAACCUCACAAGAAACUCAAUUAGAAUUAAAAGCUUGCAAAAUUCAUCAAGUCAACGCUCCUGAUUUGUGGGACUUAGCUUCCCGCUAUUCUUGGUGGCCGAAAUUAGUGCGCGUCACUGCAUAUGUUUACCGAUUUAUAGAUAAUUGCCGAACAAAGCGACAAGAAAAGCAUGACAAUCAUCUCAAUUCUCACGCUCUCACAGCAUCCGAAUUCAAUCGAGCUCGGAAUUUUUGGAUACAAACAGCUCAAGCUGCCGUGUUCGAGAGCGAACUUCACAAAUUAAAACUUAAUCAAGCAGUAUCUAUAAAAUCUCGUAUCUAUUCAUUAACUCCAUUUCUUGACUCCACCGGUUUAAUACGAGUCGGUGGACGACUUGAACAUUCACAAUUAUCAUUUGAAUCCAAGCAUCCACUCUUGUUAGCCGACCAUCCAAUUUCUACUAUGAUUAUUUCAUAUACUCAUAUCGUUUCUCUUCAUACCGGCAUUCAAGCUACACUCUCAAAAUUACGACAACAGUAUUGGAUUAUCAAAGCUCGAAGUUUAGUCAAAUCAAUUAUUUACAAGUGCGUUAAAUGCACACGGGAGAAGGCUCAAGUAGCUAAUCAAAUGAUGGGCCAACUUCCCAAUAGUCGCGUAUCAGCACCCACUCGGGCAUUCUCGCACAGCGGUGUCGAUUACGCUGGCCCCGUACUCACACGCGCAUCAGCUGGUCGAGGAAUCGCCUCUCGAAAAUCUUAUAUAGCAAUUUUUAUUUGUCUAGCAACUCGUGCAAUUCACUUGGAGCUAGUCAGCGAGUAUUCUACUUCCACCUUUCUGAAUGCAUUUCAACGAUUCUGCGCCAGGAGAGGUCUACCCGAAGUCAUGUAUUCUGACAAUGGCACCACUUUCACAGGAGCCGAUCGAGAAUUAGCACAAGCCUUUCGAGAUGCGCAACGCGAUUCCAAUUUUCUUAAUCUUAUCGCUUCAGACAACAUACAUUGGAAAUUCAUUCCCCCUCACGCGCCCCAUUUCGGAGGGCUCUGGGAAGCUGGUGUCAAAAGCGUCAAAUAUCAUCUUCGUCGCGUGUUAGGGUCACACACUUUAACUUUCGAAGAGUUCACAACUCUACUAUGUCGAAUUGAAGCUUGCUUAAACUCCAGGCCUCUCUCUCCACUCACUGAUUCAUUGGAAGAUUACGAAAUUCUCACCCCAGGUCAUUUUCUUAUCGGCUCAGCACUCACUACCAAUCCCGAGCCUUCUAUUCUGCACCUUAAUGAAAAUAGAUUGUCGCGAUGGCAGUUACUACGGCAGAUAACGGAACGCUUUUGGAGGUUGUGGCAAACCGAUUACAUUAACACCCUUCAACAAAAAACAAAAUGGCGUAAAGAAAAACCGUCAAUUCAAAUUGGUUCGUUGGUUUUAAUUCAGAAUCCGUUACUCCCUCCAUGCAAAUGGGAAUUAGGACGUGUCAUUCAAUGUCAUCCAGGCUCUGACGGAUUAACGCGAGUUGUCUCAAUCAAGACUGCAAGCUCAGAAUAUAAGCGACCGAUCACGAAGAUAUGUUUACUUCCGAUAGAAGUUAAGUCCAGCGAACAAGUCUCGAAUCCCAUCGCACUGUAA